CUAGCUAGUUACAUGAAGACAAGUGAAGAUGGCGGACGUGUUGAGUGUUCUUCGCCAAUACAAUAUCCAGAAAAAAGAAAUCGUCGCCAAAGGAGACGAAGUUAUCUUUGGAGAGUUCUCUUGGCCAAAAAAUGUCAAGACUAAUUAUGUCAUUUGGGGAACUGGGAAGGAGGGUCAGCCCAAGGAGUACUAUACUCUGGACUCCAUUUUGUUCCUGCUCAACAAUGUGCAUCUCCCUCAUCCAUCCUACGUGCGAAGGGCUGCAACAGAGAACAUUCCGGUUGUCAGAAGACCUGAUCGAAAGGGCUUACUGUCCUAUCUCAAUGGGGAAAGUUCUACUUCGACAAGUAUCGACAGAAGUGCCCCCAUAGAGAUUGGUUUGCAAAGGACAACGCAAGUCAAACGAGCAGCAGAUGAGGUGUCAUCUGAAGCCAAAAAACCAAGGAUUGAGGAUGAGGAACGAGUGCGACUGGACAAGGAGCGUCUGGCUGCUAGACUGGAAGGCCACAAAGAGGGCAUAGUGCAAACUGACCAGAUCAGGUCACUGUCCGAGGCCAUGUCCGUGGAGAAGAUCGCCGCCAUCAAAGCCAAGAUCAUGGCCAAGAAGCGCUCCACCAUCAAGACAGACCUGGAUGAGGACAUCACCCUGAAGCAGAGGAGCUUUGUUGAUGCCGAGGUGGACGUGACCAGGGACAUAGUCAGCAGGGAGCGGGUGUGGAGGACCAGGACCACCAUCCUACAGAGCACUGGAAAGAACUUCUCCAAAAACAUCUUUGCCAUCCUGCAAUCGGUGAAGGCCAGGGAGGAGGGACGGGCCCCUGAGCAGAGACCAGCACAGAACACCACUCAGGUGGAUCCAUCCAUAAGGAACAAACAGCCUGUCCCAGCUGCCUAUAACCGAUACGAUCAGGAGAGAUUCAAAGGAAAAGAGGAAACGGAGGGUUUCAAGAUUGACACCAUGGGAACAUACCACGGCAUGACCCUGAAGUCUGUGACGGAGGGAGCGUCUGCCAGGAAGGCCCAGACACCAGCCCUGCAGCCCGUCCCCAGACCAGUUUCCCAAGCCAGACCCCCACCAAAUCAAAAGAAGGGCUCUAGGACCCCCAUCGUCAUCAUUCCAGCGGCUACCACAUCCCUCAUCACCAUGCUCAAUGCCAAGGACCUCCUGCAGGACCUCAAGUUUGUGACCUCAGAGGAGAAGAAGAAGCAGGGCAUCCAGCGGGACAACGAGGUGCUGCUCCAGAGACGUAAGGACCAGAUCCAGCCCGGGGGGGCAACGCUCAGCGUCACCGUGCCCUACAGGGUCAUCGACCAGCCCCUCAAACUAGCGCCGCAGGACUGGGAUCGUGUGGUGGCUGUGUUCGUGCAGGGCCCAGCCUGGCAGUUCAAGGGUUGGCCUUGGCUGUUGCCUGACGGAUCUCCUGUGGACAUUUUCGCUAAAAUCCGAGCCUUCCAUCUGAAGUAUGACGAGCAGAAGAUGGACCCCAACGUUCAGAAGUGGGACGUGACCGUGCUGGAGCUGAGCCACCACAAGCGCCAUCUGGACCGGCCCAUGUUCCUGAAGUUCUGGGAGACCCUCGACAGAUACAUGGUAAAACACAAGUCCCACCUGAGGUUCUGAGCCUGGACCGCGGCCUCCUCCCUCCACAGGUCCCGUCAAGGCAUUUAUAAACCCCCUGCCCCAAACCUAGCCCCCCCCCUCCUCCUCACCACCAGGACUACCACUAGAAGAGAAUGGGCACCCUACCAGCACAUUGGGGUCCCAGAAUAAGCCCCUGUGUUCAGCUAGUCCGUCAGGAAAAUACCUUCUACCUGGUCUCCAUAGUUACAAGCAGCAGAUGCAGGAUGUCACUCUGGACAUUGGGAGAGGAAGUUGGAGCUUCCAAUGUUUUUUCAAGUUCUAAUGUAAAAAAACGAUAUAUCAAAACUAUUUUCUAACAGCAGAGCGUCUUACUGUGGAGACCGAGGUUGAAGAGAGAGCGAGAUGGAGAGAGCGGAAGAGGGGGAUGGGUAGAUGGUGAGAGAAGAAACAACUUCUGGUAUUAUUUCCUUUUGUGAAAUGGAUCCUGUACAUUCCAUGUGAAACAUGAGCUGGCUGAGAAGCCCUUUGGAAAUCUGGUGGUACAAAUUAAAAUCACUGCUAACCAUAAGGGAUAUGAGACCUCUGUCAGUUUCAUUUUCCGGUGUUUUUACUUUCUUACGAAUGGAAUAUUUGUCUCUUUUUUUCUUUUCUUUUUUUUUUCAUUCUAGUGUGCAUCCCAAAUGGCACCCUACUCCAUAUAUAGGGUCAAAAGCUGCCCAUGCUAAAACUGGCUUUUGGGCACUAUGAUGCAGCCCUGUAGCAUCUAAGUGAUGUUCCAUGCGAUCGAAAUGUAUAUAUGAUGAAAUUAGAGCCAAACUUUCUGAACAGACUUUUAAGAAACUCAAAGAAGCUAGUCUUAUUAUUGAUGCAUAACAAAGCUCUUUUAUGAUCUAGUAGUGUUGAUGCGUUCACAUUUUUCAGUCCACAGUCUAGUUCAAUCUCUGGUCCAUGUAUUUUUUUUUAUUUUUUUUAUUAUUUUUUUGGGGUGUGUGUUGUGUAAAUGAAAGGAAUGAUGGCGAACAUUUCCUUAUGUGUUCACAGUGCAAAUGGAUCAUAAAAGCUGGUAGAGGAA